UUCCGAGUGAACAGUCGCAAAUCUCUGUGCGGAAGAUUCUACAACAAUGACCAAGCCAGUUCUUUACUACGCUACCCUGAGUCCGCCAUCCCGAGCCGUCUUGUUGACGGCCAAGGCGAUAGGUCUUGAGCUCGAAUUGCGCUCAAUUAACCUAUUAAAAGGUGAACACUUGACUCCGGAAUUCGUGAAACUGAAUCCACAGCACACCAUUCCGACCCUCAGCGACGGCGAUGCAACGAUCAUUGAUUCGCACGCCAUAUGCGCGUAUCUUGUUGAGAAAUACGGCAAGGAGCACGAAACCCUCUAUCCAAAGGACUUGGUGAAACGUGCCAACGUCGACGCACGUCUACACUUGGAUUCGGGUCAUUUAUUUGCACGUCUGCGUUUUCUAUACGAGCCGAUUUUGUAUUUUGGCUCAACGGAUUGUUCAAUUGAUAAAAUCGCAUACAUACAAAAAUGCUAUGAAAUACUAGAGAAUUUCCUCAAGGAUCAGUCAUAUUUAUGCGGCAAUGAGCUGACUAUUGCGGAUUUUUGCUGUGUGGCUACAAUCACAUCGGUCAACGAUGUGGCGCCCAUUGAUGAGUUUAAGUUCCCCAAAUUGCUGGCCUGGCUGCAACGAUUGGCGGAGCUCCCAUACUACAAGGAGACCAACCAGGAAGGCGCUGAAGAAUUGAAGGCUAUUUUUAAGGCCAAGCUGGCUGAGAAUCGCGGCAAGUAGGCCUUUGGUUAAAAGAUACUUUUAUUUCUAGUAUGUAUAUGUCAUUUUAUCGAAAUGCCCAAAGAUGGUGCUAAUAAACACGUUCAGUUUUACAAAAAG